UAUCCAGUGCCUUGAGUAUUCAAAACCCAGAGGAUAAGAUUGUUUUGGGUUUAUUUUUAAAACAUAGGCCCCUAUUCUCACUGAAGUAUACCCGAUCCAAGUGAGAUGACCCAAGUUGGAAUGUAGUGGUUUGUGGAGGUACGACCAUGUAAUGCAGCCAGUUUCCUCUCUUCCUGCAUAUCUUACCUCCAUUUCAUAGAGAGCACACGUGUUGGAGAAGAUGGGGAAGAGCAAAAAAGCCAGAUUUGGCAGAGCAGAAGGGCGAAAUGCUCCUCUCGGUGAUCAAAUGACGGAGGAUAAGUCGGUUAGAGAGCCAGGACGAGAGAAGAAACGCGACAGAAAAGACAAAGAUGACGAGUUUGUAGAUGACAAAUUAUCUAAGAAGAUUUUGGAGCAGGCCAGGCUACAGCAGGAGGAAAUGGAGGAGGAAUAUGGAGUCAGACGAAAGAAAGAGAAGCCUAAAAGCGUAUCACUGGGUUCAGGGCCAUCAAAGGCAGACUCCGAUUCUGAAGAUGAUGACGACAGUUUGUCUGGGAAUGAGGCAGAGUAUGAACACGUGGAAGUUGCCCAGGAAGAUGAGAGAGCUUUAGAGAUGUUUAUGUCCAGUAACCCUCCAGUGAAGAGAACUCUGGCUGACAUAAUUCAGGAGAAGAUCACUGAGAAAAAGACGGAAGUCCAGUCCAAGAUGUCAGAUAAUGCCAGCGUCAAUUUACAAGAGCUAGAUGAGAGAGUGGUGAACAUGUACAAACAAAUCAAGCAGGUGUUACAGAGAUACAGGAGUGGCAAGCUGCCCAAAGCUUUCAAGAUUGUCCCAGCACUGGCUAACUGGGAGCAGAUCCUAUAUGUCACUGAGCCAGAGACGUGGUCUGCAGCUGCCAUGUAUCAGGCCACAAGAAUCUUUGCUUCCAAUCUCAACGCUAAGAUGGCGCAGAGGUUCUUCAAUCUGGUCCUGUUGCCAAGGAUACGGGACGAUAUUGCAGAGUACAAGCGGCUGAAUUUCCAUCUUUAUAUGGCAUUGAAGAAAGCUCUGUUCAAGCCAGCAGCAUUUUUCAAAGGGAUCUUAUUACCAUUGUGUGAGGCUGGUAACUGCACUCUUCGUGAAGCUAUAAUUCUGUCCAGUGUGUUGGGUAAGCACUCUAUCCCCAUGCUUCACUCUGCCGCCGCCAUCUUGAAAAUUGCCGAAAUGGACUACAAUGGCGCCAACAGUAUUUUUCUAAGGACUCUUCUGGACAAGAAGUACGCCCUUCCUUAUAGAGUGGUGGAUGCCAUGGUUUUUCAUUUCUUAAGGUUCAAGACAGAUCAGCGAGAACUUCCGGUCCUCUGGCACCAGUGUUUCUUGACAUUUGUACAGAGGUACAAACAGGAUGUUUCUAGCGAACAGAAAGAAGGACUAUUUGAACUGUUGCGUGUACACGUACACCACCAGAUAACGCCGGAGAUACGGAGAGAACUUCAGAACGCUAAAUGUCGGGACGAGGAGACGGCGGAGCCAGGGAGGAUGGAUAUGGGCGAUGAUGAUCUUUAACUUUGGGAAGAAAUGUUUAUUUAUUUAUUUGUUUUCUUAAUAUUUUUAUGUAUUUUUUAUAUAUCUACGUGUAAACUGAGUACUGAAUCAAUAGCAAGAACACUUGCUACUGUAGUAAAGACACAUGUUUUUUAUAUUUAUUUUGUAACUGUACAGAUUGAAAAAUGUACAUGCGUAGUACAUGUAUGGAAUGAUUACUGUUCUUUUAUUGUAAAACUGAUACUUACUAACCAAAUAAUAAUAAUCAAAAGAAUUGAAUGAAUACUCAUCUUAUACUAGCUGCAAACAAAUCCAUGCACAGGUACCGUUGUCCGUGUCGUCGCCGUUCAACAUAAGCCCUUAUUACUGCCAACGUAAACUGCUUUAUUUUACUUUGAAUUAGCUACGUAAUUUUUUUGGUUAAUUUUUUUAUUCUAGAAGUAAGCAUA